GCUUUUUAAAUGUCACCAAAGGUUUUGAACAAUAGUCUCGCGUUCAUUGGAUCCUCAGGCGGUGAUUUCAUCAAAUCAGGUUUCAGAGAGGCGCACAAGCAAGGGCAUCUCGAAGAUUUCUUCACGAGCUCCGCCAAACCCAGACAAGCGUUUCCGGCGAGCGCCAAAACAUCGACACACGGCCAACUCUGAGCUGCUGUUAUGUGUGUUUGCUCAGAAGCUCUGGCAACGGGUUGGAAAACAAUAAAAGACACUCCUUGUAAGCAGCAACACUGGCACAUUUUUGAUAUGUAAAAGCAUUAUUUCAAAUGGCAGCUGAUCACAUCAGGAUUACAGCAUCAGGAAAAAAUGGCCAAACUGGCAACAACUGAACAGCUCAACUGAUUUACAUGAACUACUUCUCUAAUAAUGUUAUUUAAUUCAACCUGUGAGGCUUUUAACAAUGCAGUGUCCUUCUUCUACAACAAGACUGGCAAGCCCAUCAGCUCGAGCUGGCGCCCUCAUGACUUUAUCGUGGUUGGUCUUGGGCUCCCAAUUUGUGUCUUUAUUAUUCUGGCAAAUAUAUUGGUCAUAGUGGCCAUAAUCAUCAACCGACAGUUCCACUAUCCCAUUUAUUACUUACUUGGGAACAUGGCGGCCGCGGACCUCUUCGCCGGCAUCUCGUAUCUCUACCUUGUGUUCCACACGGGGCCGUGGACCAUCGGUUUGACCAUCAACGAGUGGUUUAUUCGUGGAGCUUUGAUCAACAUGAGCCUGACCGCAUCUGUAGUCAACCUGCUGGCGGUGGCAGUGGAACGCCAUCAGACCAUCUUCACCAUGCAGCUCCACAGCACCAUGACCAGGCGGCGUGUGGUGAUGCUGAUACUCACCAUCUGGUUGGUGGCCGUCUUCAUGGGUUUGGUGCCCAUCAUGGGCUGGAACUGUGUUUGUGACCUGUCCACCUGCUGCACGGUAGCGCCGCUGUAUUCCCGCAGCUUCCUAGUGUUCUGGGCCAUCCUCAACCUCAUGGCCUUCUUCAUCAUGGUGGCCGUCUACACGCACAUCUUCAUCUACGUUCGCCGCCGGAGCCGAGAAAUGUCCCCGCACACGGAUCAGCCCUCCAACAAUCAGACUGUUAUCAGCCUCAUGAAGACCAUGUCCAUGAUUCUGGGUACCUUUGUGAUCUGUUGGACGCCAGGUUUGGUGAUUCUGUUACUGGACGGUCUCAGUUGCGGUGCAUGUCAGGUUCUUAAAUAUGAAAAGUACUGCCUGGUUCUGGCCGAGUGUAACUCUCUGGUGAACCCCAUCAUCUACUCGUUUCGGGACAAGGACAUGAGGACCACCUACAAGCGCAUUCUCUGCUUCCCUUGGAGAAGAAUGCGCCAGCAUGAGGGGCCUUCUGGCAUCCGCUUUGAGCCUGUGAAAACAGAGGCACCCUCAGAGAAAAACAGCAAUAACUCCACCAGUUUAGAGCCCGUUUUGCCACAAAGCCUAUUGUCUUUAUAGAAAAAGUAUUUCUCAGUGUAAAUAAGUGACUUUGUAUUUGCUUAGUGAAAUGAUCACAGCUUGUACAAAGAGUAAAUAAUACUUCAUUUUUGAUAGCUUGUUUUGGUACAUGUUUUUCUCUUUUUGACAAUAGAUAUAUUAGGGGUCUUUUGUGUCAUUGAGUUACGAGGCACAGGCAGUUUGGCUGCUCACAGGGAGUUUUUCUUUUCCCAAAGUAAAAGCAUUCAUAUUCAUAAAACGGCCCUUUUUGGACCAUUUUGUUUUGUUGGGAAUGAGAUCAGAAACCGAAAUAUACCAGAUCUAAAACAGACAACUUUUGUGCUCUAUAUUUUUUUUUACUAACAAAUCAGACUUGCAGAUUUUCAUUUUAAAGUGCCCAUAUUGUGCUCAUUCACAAGUACAAGUUUUAUUUUUAGGUAGUUUUAUUGUAGGGGUCUACUUGAAUACAUGUACAUGACAUUUUUUUUUCCAUACUGUACAUUGCUGCAGCAACUGUUCCUGUGUAUUUAAAGCCCACUUUUUUUUUGAAGCACCAAGUCUGCUUUGAUUGGUCAACUGCCUAAAGCAUGUCGGAAAUGUAAUGCCCCUUGCCAUAAUCAGGUUUCAGCUCCUGAGGCUUCAUGAGCAGCUGUAAACGGCAUUAUAUGUAUGGUAACUAUGCCGUGGUUGUUAGAAGUCCAUGCAAUGUUUUUUGCCCUCGUGGUGAAAAAAACAAACAAAAAAAACUGCGUCUCCUCGACAUGAAAUCACUUACACAACUGUUCUUUGAGGGCGGGCCAAAGCAGCCAGUAGGCGGACGUUAUGCAAAUCUCCAACACGGUGAUGUAGCCACAGAAGUAAUGGUAGAACUACAAAUGAGGAGUUUCAGGCACGUGUUUUCUGCUGGAGUGAACUCGCUUUGGCGUAGAGUUUGUACGUUGUAACUGCAGCUCGUUUACAUGUAUUACACACUAAAAGCAAUCAAAAAAAGCAUAAUACAGGGUCUCUGUGGGUCUUAAAUCAGAGCAGAAUUAAUGGCACUUAAUGUUGCAUGCAUUGCAAAAAAUUAAUAUCUUCCUAUGUAUAUUUAUUUUCCAAUAGAAAAAUCUAAACAUAGCAUUUGAGAUGCAACUGUAUAUUACUGAACAAUUUGCACACAAUUGAAUUUAUGCUUCUAGCACAAACAAGCAUCUGUCAAUGGGGUAUGACAGCUUGUUUUGCCUUUGAAUUAAGUAGAUUUUUCUGAGCCCACUGGCAGAUAUUUGUU